AUGGAACUGUUCAAGGCAUUUCAGAAGGUUGAGGGCGAGCUCAUCGUGUGCGCAUGUGUUGUGCUGGAAACACUCUUGGUUCUGAAGCUCUUCGUGCUUUUGCUCCAGAACCUGUACCGGAGCCCAUGUCAGGGUGGAGAAAGGAAUCCAGUGAUGCAAGAGGUAUGGCGCGGUUGCAAGCGAGGUUGCAACUGGGUGAAGACGAGCCUGGGACAUUUGGCUGGUCCGACCAGCAAGCCGAUUGCUGAAGCCUGGGAUUCGUUGCAGCGUAGGCUGCUCCUGUACUUCAGCAGAUCCAUUCUGGCUUGUGGCAUGUACCGCAUCAUCGCAGUGCAGGUAUGGUAUUUUCAAGGUAGAAGCCGACGCCACCCAUCCGUCGAUUUGCCACUGCUCGGCUCCUUUGCCGUUCUUCUGAUGGUCUCGACCUUCCCAUGCUUUCGAACGCGGAUAGCAAUGGACCUUUUAUUCUGGCUGAUGCAAGUACUCAGCAUCGUGUCCAUGCUGUUGGCUCAGCCAAAUGAUACCAUCCAAGUUGUGGUACUGACUGUCGUCUUGCGCACUGUUGCCUCCCUGUGGGUCCGAUCUGGAUGGUGGGCUUUGAUCGCAUACCUCCCGAACAGCAUCUACGUGGUUUAUGCGGCACCGAUGACACUUGGCAGUUCACUCGCUGCAAGCCUUGGCGUCGCCCUGGCUAUCAUCACCUUGCGUCAUUUCAUGUACAAGACUGUGGAGCUGUGCUUCGAUCUGAGGGCCAAGACGACCAAGCUCGAUGCUGUUUCAGCUUUGAUGACAGGCUUCUGCGAUUGUGUUGUACAUCUUGAUCGCGACCUCAAGCUGCUGGAGGACUCGCCGAGGAUCGCGGCACUGCUCCUUUGUGGCGCCUCGAAUUGCACCCGCGGCGCCAGCUUUCUCCAGUUGGUUUGCGAGGACGAUCGAGGCCGUGUUCGGAGCCUUUUCGCCGAUUCGUUCGCUGCGCCAGUGACGCAUUCUUUGGCCCUCAAUGUGCGCCUGGUGGACUCCGAUGGCAAUCAGGUGAAGGUGGAGAUGAUGCACAUACCCUUCUUUGACGAGCAGGGCGAACCUUGCCACCUAUUGUGUUUGAGGGAGUCGGACGAUAUCACGACGGCAUCAACAGUGGCACCACUGCAGCGUGACACUGUGUCCGCAACUCUAGUCAAUUUUGGAGGUGCCACGGAGGAGGCUUAUGUUGUUUUUGAUGCCACGACAUUCGAUAUCCUCAUUGCGAGCAGCGACUUCGAAGCGUUGUUCGCCAAAUGCACGGGGCACGCUGCCAAUCUUGAGGAAAUGAGCGUUCAUGACUUGUCCACAGAUGUCGGAGAACCAUCCCUGAGUCGGCGGAUUCAGCUAGUGGUAAACUCUUUCUAUCACAACAGCUCGAACAACAUCGAUCUGGGUAUCUUUCAGUUCUUCGGCGCAUGCAAGAUGCAGGUGCGAGUGGAAUUGCGACACGACGCAGCUCUGGCAACGCUCGUGGGUACGCUCCAUGUCACGCCGACAAAUCCUGGACUGCUUCUUCAACCACAGGUGCAUGUGGGUCGGCGCAAGAAGGCUCGAAGCUACUAUGCCAGCCCACGACCGAUGACGGCCUUUCCAACUCGUGUGAUCGAGCUUUAG